CUUCCUUCAUAGCAAGCGUCGAGCAAAUUUCUCCGAACACCCUUUGCAGCCUGAUGGAUCAGGCUGGAAAUACGAUAGACCGCGCGGUUUCGGAUCGUAGCGGGAACAUACGAGCAUGGCAGAUGACAGCGCAACAUGGCAAUGAAUCAGCUGUCUCCACAGCCAUCAUAGCAGCACUGUUUGACAGCUUGAUCGCUUUUCUCCAAACCAUCCUGCACCAGGCGAAGAAGGAAGAUGCAGUUCCAUCGUACUUGGCUCCACUUCUAGAUAACAUGGCGGCUUUGCACUUUUGGGGCCUCGAUUUUGGUGUGUCACAGGGCGACCUCGACAUGGCCCUACAGUACUCGCACCGUCUGCGCGACACAGUAUUGAUAAUACUCGUUUCCGUAGGAGAUCUUCUUAGCAGAGGUAUUGUGAACGUUCUACCAUCUCAAGAACGUGAAAAUUUGUUGCAGCGUUCGAAGAUAAGACCGCUGACCGAAGACGCGAGAGGUUUGCUGGAUGAACAGUCGGAUGCGCCCCAGUAUUCCGGAGAGGAUACCCUCGGCCUCUUCCAAACUCUUGGCAAUAUGAUCGAUAGCCUCAGACUGCUAAGAUCCAGUCUCGAGUCGGUAAUAGAUGAAGAUAUAGACGAUGGACAGGCGCAAUCCUAUAUGUCUGUGCAGGAUCGAUCUGCAUAUGAGUACUACGUGGAUCUCAUCAGUCAACGAUUUCCUUCAGUCAGCAGUAAGCUCGCUCAGGAGCUGGGGAAAGCCAAUUGGGAUCGAUACAAAUAUGUAUCGAGGUUAGGCGAAAAUGUCCAAAGGGAAAUUGAAGUCGCCGAAACAAAGAAGCCUCAAUCGGAAUUCUACGAUUCUGGCAUUGGAAGCUCAGCCCCACCAGAAACUGUUGUAGACAACGACGAUUUACCCGUAAUACAUAACCAUCAGCCCGACUGCGCUGCUACGAUAAUAUCUAGCAGAGCCGAUGCAAGCCAUAAACGCCUACCACCACUUUCAGAUGAAGCUCGAUCGGGAAUCCCAUUCGAGUGUGAAAUCUGUCACAGGACAUUACAAAUACGGCGAACUAAAGAUUGGAAAAUACAUGUUUUCGACGAUAUUCGCGCUUACACGUGCAUCUUACCUGGAUGUACAGCCACAAGGAUCUCUCUCACAGACCGAGAAGCUCUGAAAAAUCACUUGACAUCGCACCACAGCAUUACUGAAGACUCAGGACCCCAAGACUGCCCACUGUGUCUCGAUGAGAUAAAUGGAGGGCGCGAUAUCAUAUCGCUCCAUUUUGCUCGUCACAUGGAAGAGAUCGCUCUCAGCGUUUUGCCGCAGUCUGCAGAGUCUGAAGACGGCUCUGAAGCGUCCGAAGAAAGUGAUGAGAAAGCCAGCCUAGACUUCGUAGCGGAGCAGAACUCGCAAAGUGCCGAGGAAACACACAAGCUGCCAAAAGUGCAAGAUAUUCCGGAGAAUUUUGAAAAUGCGAGACCGGAAUCACCAAAUAAAUCCUCCUCUUCGGUCAAUAUUCGUGGUCUGAACCACAGUCUUGACCAAGAGAUUCUUCCAAAAGAACCACUGAUGGCUCUUUCUGAUUCGCACACGAAGGAACCCCAAGCAUAUUCAUCGUUCGAUCCUGAACUGCAAUCUUAUUUGACUAAUUUGACUAAUGGACCGACGAAAGAUUCAUUCGCGUAUGCAUCUAUGACCCACUCGAUCGUUUGCAUAUGCGGAUCUACAUCUAGUGGGAUAGACGACAUCAUGUGUAGCGUAUGUCAAUCUCUGCAGCAUCGAAUAUGUUAUUAUGGGAAUAGCGCUGCUGCAGGAAUACAUAUCUGCAAUAAUUGCAAAUACAGCCCUGGCGUUAACUCGGCGCAAGCCUCGGUGCCGCUCUCGGGUGAUCGAUACCUCCGCGGCUUGCACGACCACGCAUUGUCCGCUCCAACUCCUACGAUAAGAAACGCGAGCGAAACACCAUUCGAUGAACAAAAUCCACCAGUCUUUAUGACGCGGGCGUCGGAUCCUUGGCCGAACUCCAUCAGGAAAGCACCGUACAUGCGCCCUCAACGCCCCAAGAUCAUGUGUCCGCAAUGUAACGAAAGACCUGAUGGCUUCCGUGGUCCACAUGAGCUCGAACGCCACGUCAAACGUGCGCAUUCAGCCACCAGGUCGGGCUAUAUCUGUAUCGACGCAUCUUCUGAUAAGAAGUUUCUCGCAAAUUGUAAACACUGUAGAGAUAAGAAGGUGUACGACGCAUGCUACUACGCGGCCGCCCAUCUAAGGAGCGCACAUUUUCAUCCACGAGAACGUGGCAGAAAGUCGGCAAAAGAGCGAGGAGGUAUUGGAGGAGCUGAUGAUCCGCCAAUGGAUUAUCUGAAACGACAUUGGAUGCGGGAGGUUCAGGUCGAUAGACUCGGAGCUCUUCGGGAUGUGCAAAACCUCGAAACAGAGCCUGAAGCUCUGCAUGAAGAUCACAACCUCGAGGCCGAGCCUGACAUCAUUUCGGAUAAGCAGUUUCCUUGCGUUCGUUGCGGUGCCCCUGAUCCAGCCUUCUGCAAUUGUUCGUUGGAAUUUCCAAAAGCAUACCAAGAAUUAUCCCUCGGGCCAGAAUACGUGUUUGAUCCAACAUAUACAGGUGCUGAGUCUACGUAUAUGCCCGAGAGUGCUUCGAUGAUUGCUUUGCCUGGAUCUGCAUCACAUUCGCUGCGAUCGAAUCUGCCCAACGUGGACGAUAUCCUAGCACAUUCCCCGUAUAGCAAAGAUGUCUGCAUGAGUCGUCCGCCUUUCUCGGCCAUCUACCAACCCGAUGAUUUCAACACUGUCGCUCAGGAGAUUAGCCAGGGAGACCAGAAAAUACUGGAGCAGCGCCAAACAGAACACCAGCCUCCGGUGAAUACGAUUGACCAAGUACCACCCGAAUCAGAUCGUUCAUUCAAUUCGUCCCACGCCUUUGAUACCAGUCCUGCCGGCUUUGGGUCCAGCUUGGGCAACCUCGGCGCUAGUCAGUCCCCCUGGAAUGCAAAAUCAAGUACGCGUCCACAACUCGGAAGUUUGAGUAACAAUUCCAGCCCACCAUUUGGUAUCGUUCUUCCCAACAAAACUUUCACGUGUACGUCAGUCUCGUGUUCAAACCUCAAGUUUGGCCGACUGGCAGAUCUCCGGAGACAUCAUAGAACAAUUCACGCCCCCACACUCUACGCACAGUAUUAUUGCAGGGUCGAGGGCUGUAACAGAUCAAACUUGGACGAAAGAAUGGAGAAACUAGACGAAAAGGGGAAACUUAGCGGGAUUGAGAAGUUUACCAUUGUGCGGAGAGGUGUAGGUUUCGGUAUGCGGAAGGAUAAGAGGGAUGAACAUGAACGAGUGGUACACGCACUGGAAGAUGACACGUCCGACCCAGAGCCCGUGCCUUUGUCUCUGACGACAGUGGCUCAAGAUCGCCUGGCAUCGGAAAACAGCAUUGGCUUUCUGCAUAUGGAUAAAACGCUCGCGUGCGGCGAUGUCUCGUGUCGAGGUUCCAGAUUUGGCCGCCUAGCAGAUCUUCAACGCCAUUACGAUCAACAGCACAAAAAGAGUGUCAAGGAGUAUUUCUGCAGGUUUGAUGGAUGCUCCAGAGCCGAGGGAUCGUCGCCAAGUAAGGGGUUUGGUACGCGGAAAGACAAAAGAGACGAGCAUGAACGAAGACAACACGAGGUGGCAGAUGCUGAUAUUUCUGAUCAAGCGGUCGAUUGGAGCAAGGAGACUUCGGUUCAUUAAUCAGGGGUGUAAAUUUACAGUGAGAUGUUUGAUAUGUAUAAGGGACACGAGAUACACUUUUCUAGUUGUUGCAUCAGGUAAAUAUACAGCAAAGAUCUAUGAUAGAUGGUUUUACUUUACACUACCUCUUUUUACAAUCUUUUUUAAAGAGUAGUAGCAAUCAAAAAUAAAUAUAAAACGUAAAUUAUACUAUCUACUCCUUCUUCUUCUUCUUUUUUUUUUAAUACAUCACUUUGUUCUAUGAUAUAGUCAAUAAAACUCAGCCCCCUUUUAACUUCCUAAGAGUUGAUUAAAAAUUGAUAACUAAAAAAUAAGAAUAAAAAAGUUGAAGUACUGAUUUCUGAGAAACCUCAGCUAGGCAAGCGCUACAAAAUCAAUAUAACGAAAGUCACCCUAGUCUCAACGUACCUGACGUUUACAUCAUGCGUAUUUUAUUCCGUACAAGCGAUUCGACGCAGAAAUCCCGACCAAGGACUCUAUCAAAAGAGUUCUGUCCUGGGCGAAAGUAGAUAAAGUAGCAUUCCAAGAACAACUAACUACUCGCAAGAGUCCCACACAUAGCGACCUCCCUCACUCACACUCAGUCUGCCCCUUCUUAAUCCUAGAAUACCCAUCCAGUGAGCAAGCGCAUAAACGCACACUAACAGCCCGCAUAACGCAACCCUCCCCACCAAAGACCUCGUGUCACUUCAUGUAAGGCUUCCCACUUACUACGGAACCUUCCUCGGCGGAAACACUUACAUCCGCGGCGUGUGUGCCACCUGGCUCGCUACCAAGUCCACGGCCUUAGGUCACGCAUGCACGAGAUCCUGGGGAC